AUGCGGGUCAUCGCGACUCUCGUGUGCCUGGCUCAGUUAUGCGGCCUCGCCCGCCCCGUCGUCGCGACCUCCGACCUCACCCUGCCCUUCCUUCUCGCGCCCUCCCUGCCUCACCUCAAUCUGCGCCGCGAUGCCCUCAGCCAGCUGGCCCACGACGCCCGCUGGGUGCGCAGGGCCCCGCAGCCGCAGCAGGCCUCCCCGCCGCAGUCGACCCCGCCCGUCAACGAGCAGCAGUUCAACGAGACCGCCACGUCGUCCUGCGUGACCGCCCUGGGCCGUGUGCGCAGAGUCAUCAACCCGUCCGGCCUGGCCGCCUGCUAUAACAUCCCCUUCUUCAACGCCACGACCGGCACCUUUGCCGCAGACAUCCGGCUGUACCAGGUGUCGCCGCCCUCCGGUGGCUUUGCAGGAGUGCCAACCUCUCAGUAUACGCUGGAAAUGAUCAUCCCAUCCGCCACCGUUUCGUCGCCCAAUCGAUUACAGUCGAACGUGCCCACGGGUCCCAAUAGUCCUAUGUUGCUGCAGGAUUUCAGACACAUAGGACGCCUGGACCAGCUUCUCCAGAUCGAAAAACUGAGCUUGCAAGACCUGCGCAUCAUUCUGCUUCCCAACAUCACCAUCACCACUCGAUCUGCUUCCAACGAUUCCGUUUCUACUGCGCUAUCAUCCGAUACUCUUUCAUACGUUACUGGAUUUUUAAUGAACGAAGACCAAUCUCCCAACAACAUCACGUUUCCCGACGCCGCCGCCCAGCUGCCCGCCAUCAUGGCCGCCGCCACCAAGUUCGUCAUCCCGGGCGUCUCGUUAGGCAUCUUCCCCAUCGGCGCCAUCGUGACCUGCAUAUGGGCGGGCCUGCUCAUUCUGACCGUGGGACUGGGCACGCUGCAGCGCAUGCAAUUUCGUGAGCAUUUCAGGGGCCGGGUGCGCAUGGACGCCGCAAGGAAAAGGAGCGGCCCCACGCCGAAAUAUUAA